GUCACGUGAGAGGGGAGCGAAGAUGGCGGCCGGCGGGCUGUGCGCGAGGAGCAGCAGAGAACUGUGGACCAUUCUGCUAGGCAGAUCGGCUUUGAGGGAACCUGCUCAGAUUGCAGCAGAGUUGAACAAGCAUUGGCAGAGGCUACUAGAGGGGCUUUCAUACUACAAACCUCCCAGUGCAAGUUCAGCCGAAAAAGUAAAAGCUGAUAAAGAUGUGGCUGCUCCACUGAAGGAACUGGGCCUGAGGAUCAGCAAGUUUUUGGGGCUGGAUGAAGAGCAAAGUGUGCAGUUAUUGCAGUGUUAUCUUCAAGAGGAUUACAGAGGGACCCGGGACUCACUUAAGACUGUCCUGCAGGAUGAAAGGCAGAGUCAGGCUCUGAUGUUGAAGCUUGCUGACUAUUACUAUGAAGAAAGAAUGUGCAUUCUGCGCUGUGUCCUCAACCUACUCACUUAUUUUCAGGAUGAGAGGCACCCCUACAUGGCACAAUACUCACAGUGUGUUGAGAAGCUGGACAAGGAACUGGUUCCUAAUUACCGGAAACAGUUUGAAGAUCUAUACAAAGCAGAAGCUCCUACAUGGGAAACGCAUGGAAAUCUCAUGACAGAGCGCCAGGUAUCCCGCUGGUUUGUGCAGUGCCUCCGCGAGCAAUCCAUGCUUCUAGAAGUCAUCUUCCUUUACUAUGCAUACUUUGAGAUGGCACCUGAUGAGCUGCUGACCUUUGCCAGGCUUUUCAAAGAACAGGGAUUUGGCUCUAGACAGACCAACAGGCAUUUGGUGGAUGAAAGCAUGGAUCACCUGGUGGAUCGUAUUGGCUACUUCAGUGCUCUUAUCCUGGUGGAGGGCAUGGAAAUUGACUCCCUGCAUGAGCGUGUGUUGGAUGAUAGGACGGAGGAACAUAAAUUUGCCAGUAAUGGGCGUAUGCACCAGGAAAUGGACCAUCUGCUGCUGACUUUAGGGGACAUCUCUCAUCAUGCCCCUGUGCUCUUGGCCUGGGCUUUGCUCCGUCACACAGUAACCCCAGAGGAGUCGACCAAUGCGAUCAGGCGAAUGGGAAGUACUGCUAUCCAGCUGAAUAUAUUCCAGUACCUGACAAAGCUGCUACGAUCACUCAGCAGUGGGGGGAAGAAUUGUACUGCCAGCACAGCUUGCAUGUGUAUUUAUGGGCUGCUUUCCUUUGUUCUGACCUCGCUGGAAUUACAUACGUUAGGCAAUCAGCAGGACAUCAUUGAUGCAGCCUGUGAAGUUCUAGCAGCUUCCAGCAUUCCACAGCUCUUCUGGAGGACGGAGCCAACCGCAGGUCUGGGUAUUAUCCUGGACAGUGUGUGUGGGAUGUUCCCACAUCUUCUCUCUCCUCUUCUGCAGCUGCUCAAAGCCCUUGUAUCAGAUAAAUCUACUGCAAAAAAGGUGUACAGUUUCCUGGAUAAAAUGUCCUUCUACAUUGAGUUGUACAAACACAAGCCGCCAGAUGUGAUCUCUCAUGAAGAUGGCACCCUUUGGAGAAGGCAGGUGCCAAAGCUUCUCUAUCCCCUGGGGCUGGGCCAGACAAACCUACGAAUACCUCAGGGAACAGUGGGCCAGGUGAUGCUGGAUGACCGGGCAUAUUUAGUACGAUGGGAAUAUUCCUACAGCAGCUGGACAUUGUUCACCUGUGAAAUUGAGAUGCUGCUCCAUGUUGUAUCGACUGCAGAUGUGAUUCAGCACUGCCAGAGGGUGAAGCCAGUCAUUGACCUGGUUCACAAGGUCAUCAGCACCGAUGUGUCAAUAGCAGAUUGUCUUCUGCCAAUCACAUCACGGAUCUACAUGCUGUUACAGAGGUUAACAAGUGUGAUCUCUCCCCCAGUGGAUGUUAUUGCUUCUUGUGUCAAUUGUUUGACUGUAUUGGCUGCCCGCAUGCCAGCUAAGGUCUGGACUGAUCUUCACCACACAGGGUUCUUACCAUUUAUUGCCAAUCCAGUUUCCAGUAUGAGUCACAUGAUUAGUGCUGAGGGAAUGAAUGCUGGGGGCUAUGGAAACCUGUUGAUGAGCGUGGAACAGCCUCAGGGCGAGUAUGGUGUCACCAUCUCCUUCCUACACUUGGUCACAACUCUUGUCCGUGGGCAACUUGGCAGCACCCAGAGCCAAGGGCUGAUGCCCUGCAUUGUAUUUGUGCUGAAGGAAAUGUUACCAAACUACCACAAAUGGCGCUAUAACUCCCAUGGAGUGAGAGAACGAAUUGGGUGCCUAAUCCUGCAGCUCAUCCAUGCUAUUCUGAAUCUUUGCCCUGAAAUGGAUCCUCACAGCAGCAAUGCUCCAAGCCUGCAGUCCUUGUGCAUCUUCAGCCUGGCCAACACGGAAGCAGGACAGGCUGUCAUUAACAUCAUGGGCAUCGGUGUGGACACCAUUGAUAUGGUAAUGGCCUCACAGUCCUGUAGUUAUACUCACUCACUGGAGAAUUUCAAGGGAAUUGCACGCAUUGCAGAUUUGUGGAACGAUGAGUCACUGGGCCAGGGCCAGCUGCUGAUCCAGACAGUAAAGCUGGCAUUCUCAGUCACCAAUAACGUCAUCCGAUUGAAAUCCCCUUCUAGCGUGGUAUCCCCACUAGAACAGGCACUUACUCAGCAUGGUGCUCAUGGGAACAAUCUGAUUGCUGUCUUAGCCAAAUAUAUCUACCACAAACAUGACCCAGCACUGCCACGCCUUGCCAUCCAGCUGCUCAAACGACUCGCUACGGUGGCGCCAAUGUCUGUUUACGCCUGCCUUGGGAGUGAUGCUGCUGCCAUUCGUGAUGCCUUUUUGACCCGCCUGCAGAGUAAGAUUGAGGACAUGCGCAUUAAAGUCAUGAUCCUGGAGUUCCUCACUGUUGCUGUAGAGACACAGCCUGGGCUCAUUGAGCUGUUCCUGAACCUGGAAGUGAAAGAUGGGAGUGAUGGGUCAAAGGAAUUCAGCUUAGGGGAAUGGAGUUGCCUCCAAGUGGUCUUGGAACUGAUAGACUCCAAACAGCAGGAAAGAUACUGGUGCCCUCCCCUCUUGCACCGGGCUGCCAUUGCAUUCCUUCAUGCUCUGUGGCAGGACCGUCGGGAUAGUGCCAUGCUGGUCCUGAGGACCAAGCCAAAGUUUUGGGAAAACUUAACCAACCCCCUCUUUGGGACCCUUUCUCCCCCCUCAGAAACAUCAGAGCUCAGUGUCUUGGACACUUGUGCCUUAAUCAUGAAAAUCAUCUGCCUGGAGAUCUACUAUGUGGUCAAGGGCUCACUGGACCAGUCCCUGAAAGACACCCUGAAGAAGUUCUCCACAGAAAAGCGCUUUGCUUACUGGUCAGGAUAUGUGAAGUCAUUGGCAUUACAUAUGGCAGAAACAGAGGGUAGCAGCUGCACCUCCUUGACGGAGUAUCAGAUGCUGAUCUCGGCCUGGCGAAUGCUGCUGAUUAUCUCCACCAGUCACGCAGAUAUAAUGCAUCUGACUGAAUCUGCAGUCCGGCAGCAACUGUUUCUGGAGGUGCUAAGUGGGACCAAAGCUUUACUGCUGGUCCCCAUGUCGGUGUUGUGCCUGCAGCUGGGGUCCAUGCUGUGCACCCUUCUGCUGAUCCUGCUGAGACAGUGGAAGAGCGAGUUGGGUUCUGUGGAUAAAAUCAUAAACUCCUUGACGCAGAUUCUGGAGGGAGUGCUGCAGGCAGAUCAGCAGAUGAUGGAGAAGACCAAGGCCAAGGUGUUCUCUGCUCUCAUCACUGUUCUGCAGAUGAAGGAGAUGAAAGUGAGCGAGAUCCCUCAGUACUCCCAGCUGGUGAUGAGCGUGUGCGAGACCCUCCAAGAUGAAGUAAUUGUGCUCUUUGAUCAGACACGACACAGCCUCACGUCUGGAGACUUUGCAGAUGACAAGGACAGCAUGGAAACAGAUGAUGCCUGCCGGGGUAAACACAAGGACCAGCGAGAUGGGGUGUGUGUUCUAGGGCUGCAUCUGGCAAAGGAACUCUGUGAAGUAGAUGAAGAUGGAGAUUACUGGCUGCAGGUUACUAGGAAGGUCCCUAUGCUGCCUACUAUCUUCACUGCCCUAGAGAUCAGCCUGAGAGUUAAACAAAACCUUCACUUCACAGAAGCCUCAUUGCAUCUACUGCUGACCUUAGCCAGGACGCAACAGGGUGCAGCAGCUGUGGCUAGUGCUGGUGUCACACAGAGCAUCUGUUUGUCCCUCUUGAGCGUAUACCAGCUCAGCACUAAUGGAACAAUUCAGACACCUGCUUCAUCUCGGAAGUCUCUGGAUGCCCCAUCCUGGCCUGGGGUCUAUCGUCUCUCCAUAUCAUUGAUGGAGCGCCUUCUUAAGACACUAAGGUACAACUUCCUGACAGAGGCACUGGACUUUGUGGGUGUCCAUCAGGAGAGGAUUCUUCAGUGCCUGAAUGCAGUACGGACAGUGCAGAGCCUGGCCUGUCUGGAAGAAGCUGACCACACUGUUGGCUUCAUUCUUCAGCUCUCCAACUUUAUGAAAGAGUGGCAUUUCCACCUUCCGCAGCUCUUGAGGGACAUACAGGUGAACUUGUGUUACCUCUGCCAGGCUUGUACCUCCCUCCUGCAUAGCCGCAAAAUGCUUCAGCACUACCUGCAGACAAAAAAUGGUGACUCCCUCCCAUCAGCUGUGACACCUCGAGUGCAACGCACCCCCCAGACCUCCUCCAAGCAUCCAAGCCCUGAGUCAGAGGCAGCCGAGCAGAAGGCGCUGCGUACAGUGCAGUAUGGUCUCUUGAAAAUCCUCAGCAAAUCUCUAGCUGCCCUACGCCACUUCACCCCCGACGUCUGCCAGAUCCUCCUCGAUCAGUCACUGGACCUGGCUGAGUACAACCUUCUCUUUGUUCUGAGUUUUACAACACCUGCCUUCGAUUCAGAUGUCGCUCCCUCCUUUGGGACCCUCCUGGCCACUGUCAACGUAGCCCUUAACAUGCUGGGAGAGCUGGAUAAGAAGAAAGAGCCCUUUGCUCAAGCUGCAGGGCUGAAUACACAAGAGGAGACUAAAACUCUUAAGUCUUUGCUCAUGUUUACAAUGGAAAACUGUUUCUACCUGCUCAUCUCCCAGGCUGUUCGGUAUUUGAGGGACCCAGCGGUGCAUCCACGAGACAAGCAGCGGAUGAAGCAGGAACUCAGCUCUGAGCUGAGUACACUGCUCUCAAGCCUGUCUCGUUACUUUCGCCGGGGCGGCCCCUCUUCUCCAGCCAGUGGGAUUCUUCCCUCCCCCCAGGGAAAGUCUGCCUCCAAGAUUGGCCCUGAGGGGCAGGAGCCUUUGAUCCAGCUGGUACAAGCCUUUGUCAGACAUGUGCAGAGAUAG